CUGCCAGCCGUCAGCUGUUGGCGAAUUAAUCUUACUAAAAAUACUAUAAAAUCCAUGAAUCUCCAUCAGUCGCGUUUUAUUUGCGGCUUAGAACGGUACGAAAUUUAGAAUUGUGAAUGUAUUGAAAAUAAUUUUAAGAAAAGUUUAAAACAUUUUUUACGAAAAUGUUUCAUAAACUUUUGUUACGCGCGUACUUAACGCUACUAAUUGCAGAGUUGUCGCUGGUAAAAUUAGCAGUGGCGGACACAGCACUGACAACCACAGAGGAAACAGCAGCAACAACAAAAGCAAUAACCAUACCAGCGACAACAAUUGCUAGUGUAGAGUUACAUAGUCGACUUACAACCGAAUCACCUACAAAUCCCAAUACUGCCACAAGCCAAUCCAGCGCUGACAGUAAUACCACAAACACCAGCGGCACUUACACAACCAACAACAAUAUUCCAAAUGCGCCUACAAACGUCACAGCAGGAUCUGAUGACAUAUCCAGCAACAUCUAUUGCAUGCCAUCACUUUGUGAGCUCUACAAUGGCAGUCAUGUGUUGCAAGUGCCUCAUAUAGGCUGCAAUAACGGUGGCGCUUUUGCGCCCGCUUGUGGCGCCGAACCGCAUUUGUUGUAUAUGAGCCAACGGCGGCGCCAGUUUAUUUUGGAUAUGCAUAAUCUCGCCCGUGAGCGAAUUGCCUCCGGCCAGCUGGAGGGUUAUCGCUCCGCCGCGCAUAUGCCAAUGCUCAAGUGGGACGAUGAACUUGAAUAUAUGGCUUCGUUGCAUGUGAAGCGCUGUCAAUUUGCGCACGAUCAGUGUCGCAAUACGCCGCGUUAUCAGUUCAGCGGUCAGAAUAUUGGUUACUUUUGGAUUGGUCGUGAAUUUAAAUCGCAUGCGAAGCGUUUUAAAUCAUUUAUUUUGGAUUGGUUUCGGGAGUAUCGACUUGCUAAUCAAUCAUUCGUUGAUCAAUACAGACCCCAUCCGGAAGGCAAAAAAAUUGGUCACUUCACCAUGCUGGUAGCUGAUCGUGCGCAUCGUGUUGGCUGUGCCGCUAUACGUUAUCGCGAUCCCAGUGAUAUUAACUAUAUGAAAUUGCUGAUGACAUGCAAUUAUGAUUUUACAAAUAUACUAGGAGAACCCGUCUAUCAGAGUGGUCUUGCAGCGAGCAAAUGUAUAUAUAAGAUAAGCGAGAAAUAUCACUCGUUGUGUGACUGGAAGGAUGCUGUCUACGAUUAUAGCAGCGAGGAGAGUAUAGAGGAAGACAAUGGCAAUGAGCUGGAUAGCAACUUUAUAAACUAAAUUUAACUGUUUUUACUUUUUGCUUAUUUUUGUACAUACAAUCAUGUUUAAGUUGAAAUUAAAUUAUACGAAUUUAUAGUUUUAGAUAUAAUGUUACAGUGAAUCAGUA